AUGAACCAGAGCAUCUUCGGCCUCAUCGCCGCCGCCGGCUCCAAGGUCGACUUCAACGAACGCUUCGACGACGGCAGCAGCGAAGACGACGACGGCCCGGAGCAGCCCCGUCGUGACCUCGCCCAGACGGCCAUCCUCAAGCCGCACACGCCCGACGCGGCCAGGCGACACAAGAGGCUCUCGGGCCAUCGCCUGCUCCGGUCGCUCGCCACCCUUCCGAAGCGAAUACCGAAGCCCGAGCGGGGCGCCGGUCGACCCUCCGUCCCCCUCCCGCUCCUGACCCUCGACGACCGGAGUGCGUCGACCGAGCUUGCCGAGCCUGACGAGAACCGUCUCGCGCCCGUCAUGAGCCGCAUGCUCCAGGCGAGGGCCGAGAUGUCGAGCCGGCCCAGCUUCGAUCUCGAGCGGCCCUCCUCGGCCGACCUGAGCGGCGUCGACGACGGCGACAACCACAUGCUCCUCGCUCGUCGCCUAAAGGACAUUUUCGAGUUUGACGACGUCGAGCAGGUCGUCGCAGAGUACCCUUGCUGGCUGCUGCAGAGCGUCCUGCUCCAGGGCUUCCUCUACAUCACCGCCAAGCACAUCUGCUUCUACUCCUAUCUUCCUAAAAAGGCCAAUGUCGUGGCCAAGUCCGGAUACCUCUCCAAGAGCGGCCGGAGGAAUCCGAGGUACAACCGGUACUGGUUCCGCCUCAAGGGCGACGUUCUCUCCUACUACCGCGACUCGACCAACCUCUACUUCCCCCACGGCCAGAUCGACCUCAGCGUCGGCAUCUCCGCCGACGUCGUCGACCGCGGCAAGAACGGCGUCCACUUCGAGGUCGUCACGAGCCACCGCACCUACAGCUUCAAGGCCGACAGCGCACCGAGCGCCAAGGACUGGGUCAAGAGCCUGCAGCGCGUCAUAUUCCGCAGCCACAACGACGGGGACAGCGUCAAGAUCUCGCUACCCAUCGACAAUGUCAUCGACGUCGAGGAGACGCAGAUGAUGGAGUUUUCCGAGACGUGCAAGAUUCGCGUCGUCGACAACGACGAGACGUACGCCAUCGACGAGUACUUCUUUUCCUUCUUCAAGUUCGGCGAGGAAGCCGUCAACGUCCUCAAGAUCCUCGUCGAGGAUGCUUCCGGCAACGAAGCGGCCGAGGCCGUCGCCGGCUUGAGCGUCGACGGCUCGCCGAGGGACUCCAAGAACACGAGCCGGAGCAACCUGCUCACCGACAGGGCGCGGUCGACGAAGCUGCCGGAGACGGUCAAGGCUACCCUGUCGCCCCUCUCCACCCACUCCGGCGGCGCGAGUCCUCGGCCGAGCCUCGACGUCUCCUCCCGCACCAGCUUCGACGCCGUGCUCCACUUGGGCCGGCGGAGCCACGACGUGCCGAGCCCGCUGAGGGAGCAGGGCCCUCGCCGGAGCUUCAGCGGCAGCAGGUCGCAGAGCCUCCGCCGCCGCAGCGACAGGUCGCGGCCGGUGGCCUCGUCCGACUCGAACGUGCCCUCGUCGACGGACGAGCCGGGCUACUCCAACGUCGCCGUCUCGACGACGGAAGAUCCUUCGGCGAGCCAGAUCCUGCGAGGGAGCGAGGUGUUUCACAGCCCGACGAUGCGCCAGUCGCCCACCUCGUCUCCCUGCGCCGACGCGAGGCCCGGCCUGCCUCACCACUGCGCGACGACGGGGCACAUGGAGCAGCUGGCCUACCGCGCGAGCUUGGAUCCCGGACGCUCCUCGACGCCGUCUCUGCAGAGCAUCACGAAGAUGGGAUCCUACCCCCUCCAGCGCGCGGGCGCCUUCGCCGACUACCUGAACAAGACGGGCAAGCGCAUGAGCUCCCUCUUCGCCGCCGAGUCCAUGGGCUACGUCGAGAAGGUGUCGGGCAUGUGGAAGGGGGGCCACAAGCACUACGACGAUCCCCACGGCCUGCGUCCCGACGACGACGACCUCGAGCAGGACUCGGAGGGCAAGGUGCAGACCUCGAUGGACCGCUUCCGCGCCCAUUUUGCCCUUCCCGACGCCGAGCGGCUGCAGGCCACGUACUUUGGCUACAUCGUCCGCGUCCUGCCCCUGUACGGCAAGAUAUACAUCAGCGACCGAUCCUUCUGCUUCCGCAGCCUGCUGCCCGGCACCCGCACGAAGCUGAUCCUGCCCCUCAAGGACGUCGAGACGGCGCACAAGGAGAAGGGGUUCCGCUUCGGCUACGCCGGCCUCGUCGUCGUCAUACGCGGCCACGAGGAGCUCUUCUUCGAGUUCGGCCCGGCCGAGGUCCGCGACGACUGCGCCGUGACGCUGCUCCAGAGCCUCGAGACGAAUAGGUUUCUCCAAGCCUCGGGCGUCCUCCGCGACGACGAGGCCGACGACGAGGAUUCCGCCAUGGCCGAGCGUGACGCCCUCAGCUCGGCGCGGCAAGGAGAGUACCCCGAGCACGAGAUCGAGAUGCCGUCGCAGACGCACCUGCCGAACGCGCCUACGAUCCUCAUGGACGACCCGGACGGCUCCUUUCUCAGCUUCAAGCCGGCCGGCUCCAUGAGGAUCACCUGCCUGACCAUCGGCUCCCGCGGCGACGUGCAGCCGUACAUUGCCCUCUGCAAAGGCCUGCUGGCGGACGGCCACCGGCCGCGCAUCGCCACCCACGCCGAGUUUCAGGGCUGGGUCGAGUCGCACGGCAUCGAGUUCCGCCGCGUCGAGGGCGAUCCCGGGGAGCUGAUGCGCCUCUGCAUCGAAAACGGCACCUUCACCCUCUCCUUCCUGCGCGAGGCCAACGCCAAGUUUCGCGACUGGCUGGACGACCUGCUGGAUUCCGCCUACCACGCCUGCGAGGGAUCCGAGCUGCUCAUCGAGUCGCCCUCGGCCAUGGCCGGCAUCCACAUCGCAGAGAAGCUCGCGAUCCCCUACUUCCGAGCCUUCACCAUGCCCUGGACGCGCACGAGGGCCUACCCGCACUCCUUCAUCAUGCCCGAGCACAAGAUGGGCGGGGCCUACAACUACAUGACGUACGUCAUGUUCGACAACAUCUUUUGGAGGGCGACGGCGCAGCAGGUGAACCGCUGGCGCAACAGCACGCUCAAGCUGCCCAACACGAGCCUCGAGAAGAUGCAGCCGAACAAGGUACCGUUCCUCUACAACUUCAGCCCGAGCGUCGUCGCGCCGCCGCUCGACUACUCGGACUGGAUCAGGGUCACCGGCUACUGGUUUCUCGACGAGGGCGACGAGUACAGACCGCCGCGGGAACUCGAGGACUUCAUCCAGAAGGCCAGGGACGACGGCAAGAAGCUCGUAUACGUCGGCUUCGGCUCCAUCAUCGUCGACGACCCCGGCAAGAUGACACAGGAGGUCAUCGACGCCGUCCUCAAGGCCGACGUCCGCUGCAUCCUCUCCAAGGGCUGGUCCGACCGCAUCUCGCCCGGCGACGACCCGGAGAAGCCGCGGCCGCGGGAGCCGGACAUCCCGCCCGAGCUCUUCGUCAUCAAGUCGGCGCCUCACGACUGGCUGUUCCGACGCAUCGACGCGGCGGCCCACCACGGAGGUUCGGGCACGACCGGGGCCAGCCUGCGGGCGGGCAUUCCGACCAUCAUACGGCCCUUCUUCGGCGACCAGUUCUUCUUCGCCAGCCGCGUCGAGGACCUCGGCGUCGGCGUCUGGGUGAGGCGCUGGGGCACCAACAGCUUCGGCCGCGCACUGUGGGAGGCGACGCGGAACGAGCGCAUCAUCGUCAAGGCUCGCGUGCUGGGUGAGCACAUUCGCCAAGAGACGGGCGUCGCAGACGCAAUCCAGAGCAUAUAUCGAGAUCUCGAGUACGCCAAGAGCCUCAUCAAGCGCAAGCCCGGCAGCAAGCCCGACGGCGAGGAGGACGACGAGGCCGAGGAGAGCUGGACGUUUGUGGGAGGAGACGAGCCGGACCCGGACGUCGUGACGAGACGUCUGAGCGAGGGGAUCGUCGGGCAGAGUGCGGAGAGCAAGGGGCUCGGCAGCCAGGUGCUGAAGGGGCGAGCGUAG